UGUGUGUGUUUGUGUGUGUGUGUGUGUUUGUAAGUGUGUGUGCUCGUGUGUGUGUGUGUACUUCCUUCCUAACUUCCAACUCGACUGAGGCAGCUAGUGGAAACCAUUUCGCAAUUGUGGAGAGUACACUCUCAAUGAGGGGGAAAAAUGUAAUGAGAAAGUGAGAGAACAAUUGAGAAACUAAGAAGAACAAUUUGGGUCCAGCUUCCUGAGGCACCAGGACAUUGUCUUGGGGCUGCUCUAUGGAACCCCUCAUACAGGAGAAAGGAACUAGAAGGGGCACGCUGAAGAAAAACAGACUAUUCUAUGGGGAAGAAAGACAUGUACAACUGUCUGUUUCUCUCAUUGACCUGUCUAUGCAUUCUCCAUGGGUAUGAUGCAGAGGAAUGUGUGACUUCUGUCUUGGCAAAGAGAAGUUCUGUUAACAUACCAAAGGGGGGCCCUCUUUCCCUAUCCUGUGUUGUUCAGCAUUGUGGAGAUGAUGGCUGGACAGGGGGAUGGGGGCUUUCAACAGAGGGACAGUUCCUUCUCUUUAGUCCCACUCCAAAGUAUCAUCUCUCCAACAUCACGUUGACAACCAAUAGAACCCGUCUGCUCAUGGACAUCCUCAAAGUCAACCAAUCAGAUUAUGGAAUGUACCAAUGCCAGAUCACCUGGGUUGAGGGAUACACCAGUGUUGGACAUAUGACAUAUGUGAACAUUACUGCAGCCAUACCACCCACAUCCGUGAGGAAGGUCUAUUUCAGGGUGGUGAUGUAUGUAAGUACCUGUUUGGUAAUCACCCUGGUUUUGGUUCUGGGUCUGGCUUGCCAUAUAAGGUCAAAGGUCCCUUCUCAGCCCCCUCCAAUACCACCGCCCAACCCCCCACCGCGCUCUCGAAGCACACGCAAGGACAAGCCCCCCACACCCAAACCUAAACCAAAGAUAGAGUUGGUCUAUGCAGCUCUUUCAAAGGGCUGUCUUGAACAGCAGAAUCCUAAUCCUCAACGAGAAGCUGCACAGCCCACAGUCUACUCCUCUCUCCGCUUCUCCUGACUCAGUCAGACUUUUAUAUUGUUGAGACCUCAACCCAAAUCCUACCCACUUGGCACACACUGGUUGAAUCAACAUUGUUUCCACGUCAUUUCAAUGAAAGUACGUUGAACCAACGUGGAAUAGUCUGUGCUCAGUAGGUAGUGACCUCGUCAAAUGGUUUGGAUCUCUUGGAGUAAAGGCUAAGUCGUUGGGUUGACAGUCGCUGGACCUGGGUUCGAGUCCUGGCCAAGGCUAUCCCCUGAAUUGACUACAAUAUUCACCUCCGCAUGUAACAGACAGUGUUGACCGAGUGGUCACAUUUCAGAGCUCUGGAUUGAAUGAUUUCAUAUGCUUUCUGAUUUUGUACGUGUCAUGCAGUAACUGCCAUCCACACACUCAGCUAGAUCGUGAUGCCAUGUGAAAAUCAUCUGUGAAUAUAAUCUAUGUUCAAUGUUCUAAAUAAUGAUUUAUGCAACUCUCUUUUAUUUGUUAACACUGUAAUUACGAUGUAAUUUGUGGGAACUACUUUCUCUGCCAUGUGUUUGAAUAAACAAAUUAGAACUGAUGUUCAAUACCAAAAUAUUGCCACUGCUAAGUAAAGUAGAGCAAAUUGUAUUAAAUGUUGCCCCUUCUACAAUGUUCCAUGUAAAGCAGACCUGAGUUCAGAUACUAUUUUAAAUCUUUAAAAUACUUUGAGUGUUUGCUCUAGCCUGCCUGGAGGGCCGGAGGGGUGAGGUUUGCAGUUUUUGGACUAUUCUAUUGGUCCAUUAAGCCAGGCAAGCUCAAUCACGCACAUACAGUAUAAAUUAUUUAAGAGGAUUUCAAAUAGUAUUUGAGCCCAGGUCUAAAGCAUGCUAUGUCCCUUUUAUAAUAAAAAGACAAGAACAACCAGA